AUGCUGCGCUCGCUUGUCGCACGCGCAGCGGCCCGCGUGGCGCCGGUGGUGGGCUCGCCUCGCGCGGCUGUCCGCUCUAUAUCAUCGACGGCCGCCCGCCUGGAGCAGGCCCCGGACCAGGAGCAGGGUACGUGUCGCGAAUCCAGCCGACUUACACCAGCCGCGGCGCCCGCGUAUCCGUUUGCGUCACAUAUCGUUACUCGCUCGCAUGUGGCUCCGAAGGCGGACUCGGUGCGUGCACCGCCACCGCAGGUGAAGCACAGCUCGCGAGGCGUCAUGCCUCGCGUGGAUGCACAGCUCACCGCUGAACUGGACCCCGACGAGAAAAUCGCGCGCCUGUUCUCUCGGCGCUCGCCUGAAUGCAUUCCGCCGGGCUCGAUUGUGAUGGUAGAGUCGUAUCUGUCUGCGGGGCGAUCUUCCACGACGACCUUUGCGGGCGUGCUUAUUGCCGUUCGUCGGGCCGGCAUUGCGACGACCUUCCUUCUGCGUACCAUUGCACACAAGCUGGGUGUCGAGAUGCGGUUCCAUGCAUACAGCCCCAUGAUCAAAGACAUCAAGGUGAUUCAGCGCGCUGACGCCAAAAAGGGGCAACCUGGCCUCCUCCGCACUCGCCGUGCGAAGCUGUACUACAUGCGCCGCAACGAAGACCGCCGCGUCGGUUCCGUUGGGAACGUUGUCAAGCAGUAUCGUGCGGCGGAGCAGAAGAGGGCGGACGCAUCCAUUGCCUCGUCGCGGCGUGGACCUGCCAGCCGUUCAUAG